CCAAAAGUAUCAAUGAGGCUUACGGGGAGAUGCCUUAUGAUGAGGACAGGGAAACAGAUUCAGAGUGCAACAGCUAUGUACCUCCAAGACCACCUACACCCCCAACGUACAUGGAUUUGUCUGGCUCUGGAACCACAAACCUCGGAACCAUACCAGUUGACGCAGGGCCACCCACCGCUGUACAGGCAUCACAAGUGACAAGAAGUCACGUCGAGCACGCUCUAAGUGAAGCUAGGCAGAGAGCCCGCAGCUGGAGAGAGCCCCCACGUAGCUACACUAAUACAGCCAUGCGGGGGGCAGGCGCCGCAUCUUGGGAUACCUUUCCUGUGUACAGUGAAGGGAACUUUGGCUACCCUCAGUCGCUGCAUCCUGAUUCUGAAAUAACACAGCCAACUUGCAGCACAGCAAGCUUCACUGGGAGAAUGCACCAACACCUGCAACACACCAGCACUAGCCCAAUGCCUACAAAUAGCUGUACGUCGGCACACCAUACACAGGGAGACAGUUAUAUUCCACCCCAGCAGAACAGAGGACAGGCGUGA